UACAUUCUCUCCGAUUCUAGGGUUUCAAAAUCCCCAUAAUAAUAAUCCCAAUCAAAUCUCUCUGCAUCUCCCGCAAUGCAUUCGUGGAAAGAUAGAGUUACAGACAAGUUAACCAAUCUUUUCUCUGAUUCUCCCUCUUCCCCACCUUCCCCUGCGUCUCCUCAUAAGGCCAGGUCACACACGAAGGAUGGCAAUUACAUGUCUUCUGUAUUUACAUUCAUGCUUCCCUCGAGUGAGUCCAGUUCAAAGAAGCAUGAGAAUUAUCUUAAGCCAAUUCAAUCACUUCCAACAAGGUGGAAAAAUAGAAAUACCUCAUGGCAACACGAACCCUUAAAUACCCAUGAUGAGUUCGAUGAUGAAGCUGAUCCUCAUGAACGAAAUGGUGAACAAAGCUGCUUAAAGGGCAUAAAAUGUGACAACAGGGAAACGCCAAAUACCAGAGAAGAUAAUGGAGACCAGGGUUCUGGACGGAGCACUAGCAGCUCUGAAGCGUUUGAAGAUGCCCCCGAACCAAAUACUCCAAUGAAAGCUGUCAUCGACCUCUCUCUUGAUUCUUUAUUCAUUUCUCCGGAACUAUACCAUUUUUUUCAGUCUUCCCUUCCUAAUAUAGUGAAAGGUUGCCGGUGGGUCUUAUUGUAUAGUACGUUGAGACAUGGCAUAUCACUCCGUACACUUAUUCGGAAAAGCUCUGAUCUUUCUGGCCCUUGUUUGCUGAUAACCGGAGAUCCUCAAGGUGCUGUCUUUGGUGGGAUGCUAAAUUGCCCGUUAACACCUACUCCAAAGAGGAAGUAUCAAGGGACAUACGAAACCUUUGUUUUCACAACGUUAUACGGUGCACCAAGGCUGUUUAGACCAACUGGUGCAAACCGGUACUUUUACAUGUGUCUAAAUGACAUGCUAGCACUUGGAGGAGGCGGAAAUUUUGCCUUAUGCUUGGAUGGAGAUUUGUUAAGCGGAACUAGUGGACGUUGUGAUACAUUUGGGAAUCAAUGCUUGGCUCAUAAUGAAGCAUUUGAGUUGAAGAAUGUUGAGUUGUGGGGUUUUGCACAUUCUUCUCGCUAUCCUUAAAUUAAUGCACGAUCCGUGGUACAAGUGAGAUUUGGUUCAUUAUUCAUACGUGAUCUUCAAAACAUAACGCAGCCGACACUUGCAGCAGGUUAUGAAGCUGUGAAGCAGAGUACUCGUAUUGUGUUCUCGUAAACGUAUUAUACCUACGACCCUCGACUUAAAAUUUACGCAGGAUGCGAUUGUGCACAUUUGCCUUUUGGUCUUACAGUUUUAACAUUCUUAAGGGUUGGGUUUCAAUUUGUUUUUCUCCAUAUUUAAUAAGAUUCCAGCAUUGUGGUUUGAACU